ACGGGUUUUUCCUGGUUCCUUUUUGAUUGUCAAACCUUAAAAUUUGAUCCACAAUAAGCACUCCACAUUCGACAACAAAUGGAAGCAUUAAAUAAGCUCCGUUUUUUUUUUUUUUUUUUUUUCCUGUUCCAUUUUACCUACUUUUUCAUCUCUUCCUUUCUCAACUUUGAGAAUAUGACGGACAAACAUCCACCGCAACGAAAGCAACGUUGUCGAAAGAAGACAAAGGAAUACCAUUUUGUAAAUAUGACUGAUCCGGAUCGUUAUAAAAAGAUCAAGGUAACGAGGGCUUGUGAUUUCUGUAGAAAGCGUAAAUCAAAAUGUGAUAUUGGUAUUCCAAACUCAGGUACAUGUUCUAAUUGUCAAAAAGCCAAGCAGCUCUGCAAAUUUUCAAAUGUGCCUGCAAAUGUCGGCAAGGAUCUUUCCGUUCCUGCUUCUGCUCCUGUUCCUGUUUCAACAGAUGACCUGACGAUCCACGAGGCAACUUGUGAAGCCGCUACAAAAAAGAGCAGGACAGCUCCCAUGACAACGCCUGUCACACUCUCCUUUCGUCAUUCAUCUCGUCCAUCGACCUACACGGCUGACAACAGUUUCUCCAGCUUGUACCAAGUACAGCAUCCUUAUCUUUCGUUGGAUCAACGAGGCGUUUUGGGGUAUGAAAAGCGUAGAAACAGCUACGCCCCUUUUCCCCGUACAGAACAAGUACGGACGAUGGGAGCAGAGGUGAUGCAUCACUGCGAUAGUGUGGAAGCGUCCAUAGGCAUUCCAACGCAGGACGAGUGGCCACUAUUAAAACGAUAUAUUGACUAUAUACAUCCGUUCUUUCCUAUUUUGCACACAUCUUCUUGUCAGCAGAUACAAAAACACCGCGCUUUCUCUUUGCCGUACACAUUGAAAACGGCCAUCCUUUCCAUUGCGCUUUUUAUUGAAGACCCAACUACAGAUAAGGCCUCCGAUUACCAUCAAAAAGCUUCUUUGCAAUUGGACCAUACGACCCCAUGCUUAGACGCUUUACAAACAUUAUUCCUGUUGUACAAAUUCCAAGAACUAAUGACGCCUGUCGGAGCUCCUCUGUCACCCGAAGCUAUCAGGUUUCUAAAUGAGAUACAGACAAUGCUAGUUCGUUUCUCGUACCAGCAGGAUGGAUCUGUAACAUCAUUGGAUAGUGAGUAUUUGUGUCGAGCUCAUUGGAUGCUCUACGUUAUUAUUACCAUGAGCAGUACUGCCGAUGACAGAUGGCGUCAGAUGCUUGAUACCUGCACUCUACCCAAUCAAUUACCUACUUUGGAACCUGAACAUGAACCGUACGACAUGGAUGAGCACACCACAACCUGCAACUUUAUCCAUCUGGUCAACCUCAAUAGGAUCUUUUCACGGGUGUUAUGCUUGAUAUCGGACCAGAGUACCUUAUUUGUAAACACAACUACAGACAAGGUGGGUAAUACAAGCAGAACUGGCACUAGUGGUGGUGGUGGUGAUGGUGGCGGUGGUGGUGGUAGUAGUGGUAUUAGUGGUAGUAGUGGUAGUAGUAAUAGUAACAGUGGUAGCAGUAGUAAUAACAGUGAUCAUCGUGAUGAAAAUCUUUUAUAUGCAGAAUUCGACAAACUUAAAUCCAGCCUCGUUCUUUGGAGAGCCCAAUUACCAACGGAUAUAUCACCAUUCUCUUCUGCUACUACCACCACGGCCACUCCCGCUACUACGACUACACCAUUCCCUGCUGCAACAACACUCAUAUCUUACUUGUAUUUAAUCCAUGAUAUUAUAGAUCUCAUCAUUUCUACCCAUCAUCCAUCCUCACCUCUUCACUACUAUCACUUAACUUCCAUAGAUGAUCUAUUCGAAAAGGCCUCCAAUAUCUGUUACCGCGCUUAUUACUUGUCUCUGUCGCGUGGAAAUGAAAACCUGAAACGUUAUCCACCGAGACUGACGUGUAUCCAAGGCAGCCGUAUCAUCUCCUUUGGUCUCACUUUGGCUCUGCAAACCCAAUGCUACUACUAUUGUGAACUCAAGAAAGCGGGAAAGGAGCCUGUCCAUGAUAUGAAAAGGUUUUACUAUGUUUCCUCGUUGGCCUUUCGAAUUUUUGAUGAUAUCUUCCUCUCCCCACAUCUCUCUAUGGCCAUUGAAACCCUUCGAGCUCAGUUAAACACACAAGAACAAUUCAUGCAAACCUAUCUUGUCAAGUAGAACCACAAUGAGUCGUGGUAGUGAUUUGCCUACGCCCUUAACUCCUUCCAACAAUUCAGCAGCAGCCCAGCAACAACAACAACAAUAUUUUGCAAGUAUAACUCAAGACGCUUACAAUCCAUCUUUUCCAUUAUUGCAGCCAAUGUCUGAUUACAAUGCGACUCAGGCUUAUACCGAUGAAGGACAAAAAAGAACGGGUAAUAAUCACAAGUGCAAUCUACUAGGAUUGUUUUACUCGUUGGCAUAUGUUUUAUCAUAACUCUUCGUUACUUACGAUCAGAUCAAUGAUAACUAACUUUUAUAAAAAUAAUAAUCAUCCUUUCUUUCUUCUUUA